AUUAGGCAGAAUAAUGGUUCUGAUUGUGGAGUGGCCGUAAUCGCCAUAAUUAGGAGGAUUAGGGAGAAAUAUAGUAAGAGUAUGGAGAAGAUAGAGUUGGAGAAAUUUGAUUUUGACAAAGGAUUCGACAAAGAUAGUUGCAAAAAAUGGCUAGACAUAGGGUUAAAAACUAGAGAUUACGAUUGUGCUUAUUGGUUAAAGAUUAUAAAAAAACAAAAAGAAUUAAUUGAGAAAUUUUUGUCUAGUGAAAAAUUAAGAGAACAAUUUAAACAGUAUGGACUUUGUUUUGAAUGUCACCAACCUAAUACUGGAACCAAAAGAAGAUACGAAAGCAGACACGCUUUUAAUCUUCAUUUAGUUCCUGAGAACGCGGUUAAUGAAAUGAAUGUUGCCUUGAAAAUCUUAAAUAAUUCCCAGGAUGUAACUACCGACUUUUUGCGGGAGGUUACUUCUCAUAAACUAUUUGAUAAUAUGAGCCUUAGCAAAUUCAACAGUCUUUAUAUUACCAAAUGUCACGGAAUUUCUCAAGAUCCAGCGACAGAAAAUUACAUAAUAGUGAUAGAUUACAUGAGGGAUAGUAAUCUAAGGGAAUUUCUUAGAGAAAAUUAUAGAGAAUUAAAGUUUGUAGAUAAAUUAAACCAAUUUUUCUAUAUUGUAAGUGGUUUGGAAUAUAUUCAUGAGCAAAACUUGGUCCACCGAGACUUCCACCCGGGCAACAUAUUAAGCAGCAGCAAUGGUAUUAACAGUCCUAGUUACGCCAAAUGCUAUAUUACUGAUUUGGGGUUAAGUAGACCGGCUAAUGAGAACAACAAAGGAAAAAUUUAUGGUGUUUUGCCUUACGUAGCUCCCGAAGCAUUACAAGGCCAGUCCUACAGCCAAGCCUCUGACAUUUAUUCUUCAGGAAUGAUUGCUUAUGAAAUAUUUUCUGGCUGUCCUCCGUACUCUGAUCUGAGUUAUAAUCAUUUGCUGGCACUACGAAUAUAUGCUGACCCCAGCAAGCGUCCAACUGCUAAAAAAAGAGAAAAUAUCGAACUUAGUAAAUUGCUUUCGAAACUUUAUCAGCAGCUUAAGGGUGAGCCUAGACAAAUAAAUGCUGAGGAAAAAUUGCGAGAAAUAAAACAUGAAUUAUUUUUAGAAUUUUGUAAAAAGCAUUAUAAACAUAAUAAAUAUGCUUCCUUAGAAUGGGAGGUUCAGAAGGCAUUUAGUGAACUAUUAUAUCCUUCGAUAAGUAAACAACUUCUUCACUCGCAGUCUGUCUACACUAGCCGCCUUUUAGACUUCCCUAGCCUACCCCAACCCCAAAAUAAUCCUUCUAAGGAGUGGCAAACCUCUACUUUACUAGAAUUGAGAAUCAAAGGAAUCGAAGAAGAAAUAACAGUUCUCAAAGUGCCCCUUAAAGAUGACAAAGAGGGAGAACUUGUUAAUAAUUUUGUUAAGGCUAGGAAAAAAAUGAUCAAAGAUAAAAAUAAUAAAAAAGCCAAAAAAGAAGCUGGUGAAUUGGAAGAACAGUUAGAGGCAAAAGGAUUGGCGACGGAGGAUAUUGAAAAACUCAUUAAACAUUGUGAAGAGUGA